AUGCAUUUUUCUGUCCUGCCAGAUGUUGAAGAAGAAGCCGGCAGCUGGUUGGUUUCUGAAAAGGACAGGGAGGCUCAGAUCUAUAACAAAGACAAGGGGGCCAGGAUAGCGGUGCACCGGUUGUCAAACAGAUACUAUACUGGCAAGAACGUCCAUUGUCGAAACUGCAACAAGACCGGACAUCUCUCCAAGAACUGCCCUGAGCCCAAAAAGUUGUUGUCCUGCUUCCUUUGUGGCACCCCAGGCCACCUGGCCAGUGAAUGUCCCAAUAAACACUGCAACAACUGCGGCCUGCCUGGGCACCUCUAUGAUUCCUGCAGCGAGAGAGCGUACUGGCACAAACAGUGCCAUCGCUGCAGCAUGACGGGGCACUUCUUUGAUGCUUGUCCAGAAAUCUGGAGACAGUAUCACAUCACGACCAAGACAGGUACUCCUAUGAAGCAGCGUGGAGAAAACCCGGGUCGAACCACUGUCUACUGCUACAACUGCGCCCGGAAAGGACACUUUGGCCAUGAAUGUACACGGCACAGGAUGUUUAAUGGGACGUAUCCCAGCACCCCCUUCAUCAACCACUAUGACACUGUGGAGGACAUCAACCGCAGACAUCACAGGAUAAAGCUGAAGUUUAAAGAACUGAAGAAAAAUGGCCUUUUCCCUGUCAAAGCCCAGACCCCUCUCACUCCAGGACCGCCAAAGAAGAAACAGAAAAUCAUCUCUCACAAAAACAACCACACACCUAACCAUACACCUUACCAAAGGUCCAACAACCACAAACCCAGCCCAAGUCAUAUCUUUUUUAAUGACGACAAUGACCAUAGGACCCCAGCACCCAAAACAAAGAAGUACAAACAGCAGGAAGGCACCGGCAAUGUGAAACCAUGGAAACCCAAGAGACCAGUGCCCACCUCAAGAGACCAACCAACUAAACUAAUUGUGGAUGAAGCACAUGACUUUCCCAGAGGGGGAGGCAAAGAAGAAAACACAAAGGAGAAGAAGAAGAAGAAGAGAAACAGGAUGAAGAAAACGAAGCAAGCUCCUUCAGUGACACCAGAUGGACAUGGAGACAGCAGACCAGACCGUCUCUGUUGGACUGUAACUAGAGAGAUGCAGGGGUCAAAGCAAGAGAAAGGAGAUAAGAAGAGGAAGAGGAGAAAUCGAAACCGCAGAAUUGCUGACAAAAAACGUGAUGCACAGAUGUACCCGACAGAUGAGAACCUUUUUAUCAUCAAACAGAGGAAACGCAGCAGAUAGCAUGAGUUUAUGUGAGGUGUGGGUGUCAGCGCUGUGAAAGUAUGUGUUCCUGGCAUUUAGGGACAUGUCAGACAUCUUGUUGACUCAGGUCUCGCUGCACAACACCAGCGCUGCUUCAGGGGGUUCAUAGGCCUUUUUCACAUUUUGAAAUGUCACCUAAGGUAUAGCACAGGUGUGAAGGGACAUCGCUACAGCAAGCAAAACCUGUGAGCACCUGACUAAUAUUUUAAGACAUUCAUCCUUUAGUGCAUGUAGUUCUGCCUGUGCUUUUCCUACUACAACAAGUCAAAAUGUCUGCCGUGAAAGAAGGUCUGUUGUGUUUCAUACUGUAGUCUGGGCUGCUUGUUCAGUUUCACUUCGUGGUCAGUGUGAUUAUUACAGCCCCUAUUCAAACAGUGGCACCACUUCAUGCCGUUUUCACAUCUAAGUUGCUGUUUAUAUAUUUGGAGAUGGAGAGUGUUGUGCGAGAACCAAGAUAAGAGGUUCAUACAGUAAUUAUAAAAGGCAACAAGUCAUUUCCACAGUUCCGAGCAUUCCUAAUUAUAAAACAGAAUAACUAGCAGUGCUGACAGGCAUAAAGAAACAGCAAAUGAUUUAGUUGCAUCAAAAUGCAAUGUUUUUCGAAGUGAUGGUUAUAAUAAGUAUUUUUAUUGCUAUCAUAAUUUUUCCUUUCUUUGUUAACAUUAGUUUCUGCAGAUUGAACAUUUUGAAGUACAGUCAGAUCUUUUCCUAGUGCCUCUGUUAUACGCUAGUUUUAAAGUUGUUGCUGCUGUUUGCAGUUGGAACCAAAGGAUGGUGAGUUUUAAAAAAUAAAUAAAUAAAUACUUUUGGAAAUGUUCGACUUUCCAUUUAGAUUUGAAGGGAGGCCUUUUUUUCUAUAACCCUGAUCAAAAUAUAUGAACAUACUGUAAAUACAUCUAUUACACAUGUUUGUAAAUCUGCAGAUACUCCCCUCACCAGUUCUUUUGUGAGCUAGAAUGCAUCACUGACAUGCAGCUCUGCCAGUAUUAACCUUCAACCACCCCUAUUUAAAUUCAGGUGUACAUGGUUUUAUUUGUUCUGAAUAUAACAUAAUGAAACCUUAAUAACAUGAAAGAGUGUGAGACGGUUUCUUGAUGACAUGGAUACUGGCUACCGGAAAUCUCUGGGAUAGAGAAAACUGUAAUUUGCUGUCUGACUUAAUAGAUUUCUGAUUCAGGAAGAUAAAUGAGUUAUGUGCUUCA